AUCAUUUCCGGUUUUACUUUUGAUAGAUAGAGGGCGCGCUGUUCAGAAGCAGAUGAUGCUGUUUGCGAUGCCAAAAGGCGUGAACAUCUGCAGGCAAAAUCACAUAACAAUGUAAUAUGCUGAUGUGACAUUCAUUGGAAUAAACUUUACGUAUGAGAAUAUGUCAUCCAAAGUAGCAAGAUACAUUGGCUACCUCCUGUUUAGGCUUCUUCUGCCUGUAGUUCUUCUUGCAGGAUGUGCUUUAAGGUACAACAUUGUGUCUUUCCUGUACUUGGUGUCCCUAUUGGGACUACCACUGAUUCCAUCUCCAAGUGCCACUACUAUAAAAGGUACCACCGGUAUCUACUUAAUUUUACUAAUUGUGCUGGGAGGUUUGGCAACACUAGCUCACGUGGUUUUCCAUAUUGUACUGGCAGCAGUUCCUGAACCCUAUGGCUACAAUUUCUCAAAUUGUUCAAGCAGUGAAAAAAUUGCACGACUGAUAGCAGUUGAAAGAUUGGAUGGAGUGCCCUUUGUUCAUGUUCUGCGAUUGGUCAUUCUUGAUGUAGUAGUCCUGGCAGUUGCCAUUCUUGUGUUCAUUGUUUGUUAUAAAGUGUUCAAUCCCUCCAGAGACACACUAAACCCUGAAGAUCUUCCAGUACAGUCCAUCUCUCACAGGAAAAGAUCCAGUCGAUUACACAAUUUCCUACUCUUUGUUGGAAAAUUUAUAGAUGUUUUGUUUUUAGCAGCAUGUGGUAUAAUUGUGCCAUCUGUAGCGAGUGCUGUUUACUUUUUGUCUUUCUUGUAUAUUGCCACCUGGUGGUCAUUUUAUCGAGGUCUUGGACAGAAAUUUGCAAUCUUCCGUAUCUGUGUUCUAGUAUGGAGUGGUCUACAUUUAGCUUUUCUUCAUUUAUAUCAAAUGCAACUUUUCCAAGAGGACUGGCUUCCAUCAAGGACAUCUUUUUGGGCAAGGUUACUUGGGUUAACAGCAGUUAUAAAAACAGACUGUGGCAAACCCUGGUCAGUGGAAUUCCAUGAGCCUUUUAACUGGCCACUCUUUGUCAAUCCACCUUUGCUAUUGGCCCUGUACUUCAGCGUGGCCACUGAAACCAGAUACUGGAAAAAUAAUAAGAAGGAUGAUGUUGUUGACUCAGAAAUUGGUGCACCCAAGAAGAAAAAGCGUAAACGUCAAAAGUCGUCAGAGCGGGAGGUACUGCCGCAUCAUGAGAGUCAAGACGAGAGCCUGGUGGAAGCUGGAGAGAUUCAGUCCUAUGAGACAUUCUCGUCCCAGCGUCGGGAUGAGGCAGAAUCCCCCACCAUGUUGGGAUCUGAUGAGGAAGAUGGUGGGUCAUCUCAUUCCAAACCAAAGAAGAGAAAAGCCAACUUAAAGAGGAGCGCCAUGGCUUCGCUCCUUGUCUACAUUAUGAAGCAAAGUUAUGUUUUGUCCCUAAUAGCAAUGAUGGCUUGGAGCAUCACUUUCCACAGCUGGCUGACCUUUGUCCUGUUGUUGACAGCUUGCUUUAUUUGGAUGGUGCCCCAUUCUAGAAAGGCUUAUCUCCUGUGUUCUCCCAUCGUAGUCUUCUAUGGAGAGGCUUUACUCGUCAUUCAGUUUGUGUAUGGCAUGAAUCUCAAGGAACUGCCAGAAGAAAGCAAUGGAAUCAAGCUGGAAGAAAUUGGAUUAAAAAAAUUUACUUACCCAUGUCUUCAGUUGGCAUUACAGAUCCUGUUCACCUGCAUGUUUUGGCUGACCAUGAGACAAUACAUCAGAGAGAGACAGCUACUGAGAAAGGCAGACAAGACCCAGGUGCCACUGGAAACCAUCCAUUCUGAGGAGGGCACCACUCCACGCGACUCCUGGUUCAACAUUCCCAGUUUGGAUCAGGUUGAUGGACAUGACAGUCAAACAGUCAAACAGAUAGGUUUUUACCUGUGGAAUCUGCUGUCUAAGUACUGGAUAUUUGUGUGUACGGGGAUGAUGCUGCUGAUCUCCAUCCAGGACGUGGUAGUCUAUAGGAUUAUAUACCUCAUCUUCUUCCUGCUUUUCAUGUUGACUUUCCAGAUUAGCUACACCUUGUGGAGAGUCACCAUGUAUGUGUUUUGGUGGGUUGUCAUCAUCUACUCCAUGAUCAUCCUUACAAUAAUCUACACCUACCAGUUCCAAGAUUUCCCAGUUUACUGGCACAACAACACAGGCCUUUCAUACCAAGUCUUGGGUGACAUUGGCUUGGAACAGUUUGACACUGCCACAUUGUUUGUCAAACUUCUGACCCCGACCAGUUUCCUGAUUCUUAUCAUUCUACAAGUCCACUACUUCCACCCCAACUUCCUCAAACUCAGCGACAUCAAACAUGUCAAAAUAGAGGAUAAGGAAGAUAGUCAACCAGUUACCAUGACAACUGAUACAGCUGGGGAAACAACUGACUCAGACCCUCCAAUCAUUGACAAAGGAUUUAGGAAGAAAGUGAAGGCUUACAGUAUUGUCAUGUGGAAUAUCUGUAGUGAAGUCUGGGCAGACCUGUCCACCAUUCUGUGGAGGGUACUAGAGGUCCAUUUUGUCAAAGUGACCAUUUUUACUAUCUUCAUGGUCAGCAUUAGUGAAGUGUCAGCGAUAGGGGCAGUGUUUGUAAUUACGUUGGGAGUUCUGAUGCCCAUCAUUCAAGGGUGGACAGUGAUGUUACAUGUGUGUAGACUGUGGACAGCCAUAGCGAUGGUGGCCAAGAUGAUAUAUCAGCUGAGCAUCAUAGACAAGGAAUACUGGAACUCAAAUUGUACAAUAGCUGAACAAAUCCCCAAUUUUACAACUCCAGCUCCAGGAAUUAAUCAGACCAAUACUUCUGCUGUCAUCAUACUACCAGCAUUUGCUGCAAGUAAUCCAUUUGGCAAUGGAACAGUGAACAAUGCUCUAUGGGUUGGCCUUGAUAAAGCAGGAGUCUUCUCAAAUUAUCUCAAAAACUACAUCUUGAUUCUAGUGGUGUUGAUAUUUGAGCGAGUGAUUCACUACAAACAGAAUAGAAGACGGCUCUGUACUGGUAUUACUGACAUUCCAAAGGGGGUCAUCUUCAGUGAUAUCAACAGAGGAAAUGCAGACAAAAAUCUCCUGAGCUGUGCCAAGUAUUUUGCGAACUACUUCUUUUAUAAAUUUGGAUUAGAGAUCUGUUACAUUAUGAUGGCUGUGGUGAUCUGUGUGAGAGUUGAUGCCUACAGCGUUUUAUAUGCCAUCCUCCUGGGUGUAUUGCUUCUACUGAACCGACAAAAGAAUGCCAUGAUGUGGCCCAUAUUUACCAUAAUACUCACUGUACUUCUACCAAUACAGUACAUUCUAUGUCUGGGAUUUCCACCAGGGAUCUGUAUAGAAUACCCAUGGAGCAUUACAACUGAAACAGAGAAGACCUUGGUAAAAUGGCUCUUUCUUCCUAGUUACUUUGAACCCCCAGAAGCAUCCAAACUCUACAGUGACUUUUUUCUUCUGCUGUUUGUGUGCCUGCAGUGGCAGGUGUUUCGCACAGAGGCUGCAUUCCACUCAGGCACUCGCAGUGCCUAUGACGGGGGCAGUGCACGCAGUAGCUAUGAAGGGGGCAGUAAUGAGGAUAUAUUGGCAGAGGUGGAACACAACAUGCCAAUUCCAGGAGAGGACUUUACCACUGUGCAUCAGUCCUACCUGGAUGUACUGAAGAGUGGGUUCUUCUCCUACAUGUACUGGGUGACUCUGUUCAUCAUCUUCCUAGCUGGCACAAACCGGAUCAACUUAUUCAGUAUGGGCUACAUUAUAGGGGCCCUGUGUUUUAUGUGGUAUGGCCAGGAGUUCAUCCUAAAACCACUCAGGAAAAUCAGGAGAAGUUGGAAUAUAUUCCUGGGCUACACCUUUAUUGUAAUUUUCCUGAAAGCAUCAUUGCAGCUGCUGGGCUGUGUUUACAUUGACUACCUGUACGACAACCAGUGUUGGAUGGUUCAGCUUUUGGGACUCACCUGUCUAUCUCCUUCACGUGUGUACUCUCCAGAUCUUACUGUUUUUAUACAAGGCAGUGGUAUCAUUGAAUGUAAGGUGGAGGCAGAUGACUCGGGACUGAGUUGGGAUGUGGUGUGUUUCACAUUCCUCCUCUUACAGUUACGGAUCUACAACAGCCACUACUUCAGACACAUCAUAGCCAGCACCCAGGCACAGAACGCUCUAGCUGCCAGGGGAGCUGAACUAAUCAACCAGAUCUUGGUGACCCAAGUCACAGAACAGAAGGAGGAUGAGAAGAAAGUAUUGGAGAACAUCAAGAAGAAAAUGGAGUUCCUUCGCAGCAAAAAAAUCCAGGGCAGCACCGACUUUAUUGAACCAGAGGAACACUUCCAAGCCAUCCGGUCUGGGGACUAUUAUCUGUUUGAGGAGGUGACAGAGCUCCAUCCUGAGGACCCAUCCAGUAUAACAUUUGGGAAGGAAUCGGAAGAUGAGGACGAGGGCAAGGCAGAUCCACUGAAGUUGAUCUCAACAGCCAUAGAAUCUGGUGCUAAAGCUGCAGUGGAACAAGCUGAAGAAAAGGAGAAGGAGGGUGAGCCAACAAGCACAGAGGAAGAGAAAGAAGAAGAAAAAUCUGACUCCAAGCUACAAAAAGUUGUCUAUAUUUUAAAACUGAUUCAGAAGUUACUGCUGAGUUUUGCUGACUGGAUGAUAGACAAAUUUAAUAACAUCUCUAAAAAUCAUCGACUAGUUGCCAACAAACUGGAAAGUGAAAUGAGAACUCAGAAAGAGAAGAUACAGAGAAGUAAAGCUGCCCCCACUGUAAAGGAUGACACUGUCAGACUGGACAUAGCAGGAGAUGGAGAUGUGGGUCCAUCUGGGGCCAGUAGAGAAAGUUUAGAUCUGACAGAAAUCAGUCUAGUUGAUGGAGAGGACACUCAUGAAGACACAGUAGAUGGUAAUGUGCAGAGCAAGCCAUCAACGAAGUUUGAGAGUAAGAAGAACAAAGUCUACCUGUUAUUGGAGGCCACUUACUAUGCUGUGGUGUCACGGUCUGAGCUUGUAUGUUACUUCCUCAUGAUUCUGAACCAGAUCCUUUACUGUAGUCUUCUGUCCCUGCCCCUCCCACUCAUGGUGUUUCUCUGGGGCAUGUUGUCUGUGCCACGCCCAUCCAAGACUUUCUGGAUUACUAUCAUCACUUACACAGAGGCUGUGGUUGUCAUCAAGUACCUGUUCCAGUUUGGAUUUUUCUCAUGGAAUAACAACACAGACAUAGAAAUUAACCCGUUUUGGCCGCCGAGAAUUAUUGGUAUAGAGAAGCAGGAUGGGUUUGUUGCAGCUGAUUUGGUGCUCCUGCUGGCUCUCUUCAUUCAUAGAUCCAUCCUCAAGAGGUAUGGAUUAUGGAAGGAUGCAGACUCGAUUUCAGCUGAUCUGGACAGAGUGGAGGAAAUGAUUUCUGCACCAACUACACCUAUACAGGAGGAGGUGUCUAGAUCUUUUGAGAGCAGAGGUCAAGGUGAGCCUGGUACAAGUCAACAAGCGGAAGCCAAAACAAUUCAGGACAGUGAUGACAAUGAGGACACUGGACCAAGUCUCCAAAUAGUGUUGGCGCCAUUUAAAAACUUUUACAAUCAGUUGACGGAUUCCAAGUACAACGCGACAACAGACGUGUAUGCUAUGAUGUUCUUCUGUGACUUCAUUAACUUCCUCAUUCUUGUGUUCGGUUACUGGGCUUUUGGACCAGAGCAAGCUUCAGGAGGAGAUAAUGUGACAGAGUACAUUGCAGAAGACAGGAUUCCAGUCCCUUUCCUAAUCAUGCUGGUGGCCCAGUUUGUCCUGAUUAUCAUUGAUCGAGCCUUGUAUCUGAAGAAGAACAUCUUGGGAAAGUUCGUCUUCCAGAUUCUGCUAGUCAUCCUCAUCCAUGUCUUGCUCUUCUUCAUCCUACCCUAUGUAACUAAAAGAAAAUUUUCUGAGAAUACCCCAGCCCAGAUGUUUUACUUCUUCAAGUGCUUGUAUUUUGGAUUGUCAGCUUACCAGAUAAGAUCCAGUUAUCCCACUAGAAUAUUAGGAAAUUUUCUCACUAAGAACUACAAUUACAUUAACUUGUUCCUCUUCAAAGGGUUCCUGGCCAUUCCAUUCCUGCUGGAACUGAGAGUUUUAAUGGAUUGGAUCUGGACUGACUCCACACUGGCCAUAGGAAGCUGGCUACAGAUGGAGGACAUUUAUGCUAAUAUCUAUGUUCUCAAGUGCUGGCGAGAGGCUGAAAAGAAUUACCCAACCCCUCGUUCUCAGAAGAAAGGCUCUCUGGUUAAAUAUGGUGUAGGAGGACUGCUACUGGUACUCAUCAUCUUGAUAAUCUGGUUCCCGCUUGUCAUCUUCUCCUUUGCUAACACAGUGUACAUCAGUAACCCACCGAUGGUUGUGACGGCUUCAAUUGCAAUUCCAGGAUUUCAGCCCCUUUUCAAAGUCCUGGCACAGCAACAAAGAAUAACGCCACUUACAACUGCUCAAUACAAUGAUCUGCUGACCUACUUCAGCAAUGAAAAAAAUACGGCUGCAGUGAGUAAUCUGAACAGAUUUGAGCCACAAGACAUCACCAUAGUAAAACUGAAUGGAAAGUCUACAUCCGUGUGGGGAAUUAGCCCUCCUAGUAAAGAAGAGCUCAUCAAGUAUCUCAACAUUACAUCAGAUGUAAAGUUAGAGUUUGAGGUCACCUUCUCGAGAAAAGCGACCUCUAGUGAUGUCAGUCAGUCCCUUACAACCCAUUUGUCAAACAAACUUGAUGAUGCAACAAGGAAGAACCUUGACCAGCUCCUUGUCGACAGCUCCAUCCCACCAGUGAGAAUUCACAGUUUGUAUCCCCGCUUUUUCCGGCUAUCGAAAAAGGCUGCCACUGAACUUGAUUUUAUCCCAAAGAAUGAUGUAUCCAUGCACCUGACAGUUACUAAUGUCUCUGAAUGGUGGAAUGUGAACGAACUGCUCUCAAGAACCCUGUGUCCUGACCCACAAGUCAAACACUGUGGAAACUCCUCCACUGAGCUGACUCUGAUUACACUCAAUGACAGGGUCGCUCCAGCAGGCUUUUCUUUCAUAUCUGGAUAUGGAAUAAUUGGCCUAUACGUGACCUUCAUUCUUUUGAUUGGGCGUAUCUUGAGACUCAGUACCACAGGCUUGGCUGAGAAGAUCACCUAUUUGGAGUUACCCCAUGUUGACAACAUCCUACAGCUCUGUCUAGAUGUCUAUCUCGUCCGCGAGAUGCACGAGUUCAGACUUGAGGAAGACCUGUAUGCCAAGCUCAUUUUUGUGUAUCGAUCAGCUGAGACGAGGAUCAAGUGGACUCGGUUGCCAAAAGACCUAAUCAUCACAGACGCAAAGAAAAAGAACUAGAAGUCAAUGACAUUGUAAUCAUUGACAAAUAUAUUCAAUGAAUAGUUUGCUUUUACCUAAUCUGCAAUACAGUAAAGCACAGUUAUAGCGAACUUCCAGGGCCAAUAAAAUUUUCAUAAUAUUCCUCUCAUUGGGGAAUAAAUAUUACUUUGCAAUAAACAUGAAUUUGUUUUAAGAGUGCUUGUUAUAAGCAUGUUUUACUGUAUUUGUGAGAUUUCUUUGGGCUGUUUAUAAUGUAACUAGGUGUUUGGUGUAUUUUGAGAUUUAGUAUUAGGUUUGAGAUGGUGUGAUAUCCUGUGCUCAUUAUAUGCUGUACUUAGUACUUCUAGCAGUAGUAGACUCCAUAUAAGGUUUCAUGAGGUGUUUUUAUAAAAAUUUAUAUUGUAAAACAAAAUUCAUCCAUGGUGUACAUAUUCCAACUUUUUACAUAGAUUUUUAUGGAACACACUUUAUAUGUAUAAUUUUGUAACUUGAACAGUGUAACUGUAUAAAUAGUUAAAAGGCACUUUCACACACAGUGUAUAUCAAAAGUGCAUCACUGCAUGAAUAAUACUUGUGAAGAAUGUGAAAAAUCAUAGUUUGUAUAAAAAGAGGCUUAGCAUAUUGUUUAUGUAAAAAUGUGUUCAAUAAUUUUUUUCUCUUUGUAAUGUAGUCAAUAGAGUUAUACUUGUGAUGUCACUGUAAGAUUGCUGUUUGUUUGUCUAUACACCUGCUGUGUAUGUAUAUCACUUGUAUCAACCAUGCACUUUUCCUUUGACUCCUUCAGCAUCAUCGGCCUGUAUGUCUCUCUGGUGCUGGUGGUGGGGCGCUUUGUCCGUGUGUUUUUUGCCGGCAGUUCCUAUCAGAUCAUGUACCAGGAAUUACCCAGUGUGGACAACAUUCUCAAUCUGUGUUUGGACAUUUACAUGGUGCGAGAGAGCCAGGAUUUCCGAAUGGAAGAAUACUUGUUUUCUAAGCUGAUCUUUUUGUAUAGGUCUCCAGAGACACUCCACAAAUGGACCAAGAUUAAAUACAACUGAUAAUUUAGUACAUACAUGCAUAAUAUAUUGUAUGAAUUGCUUGUAGUGCCAAAUAUUUUUUGAAUUUAAAGUAAUUCGGAUGAUUUUUUUAUGCCAAAAGAAAUUUAUGCUUACAAGACAUUCAAAAUUUCUUUUUGAAUGUCAGUUCAUAUACAGAGCAUGAUUAAUUAAAGUGACUUUCAUAUUUAUUAAAGUAUGUAUUUCAUUUGCUAAUGCCUUAAGAAUUUCUACUUGUUCUUGUUAUUUCCCUUAGUUCUUGUCAUCUUGCAGUAGGCAGUUUCUUAGAUACAGGUGUGUGGGGUGUAUGUAUAUGUAAUCUGUCUCAUUAACCAUUCCUAUUGAUAUACCUUUGAUCUGAAAGAAUUUGAUUUCCUCGUAUCUUCGAUGUACCUGUUUGUAUCUACCUGUUUUACCUGUUUGUAUCUUGCAGGUCUUUGGCAUGUGUUGUCAAAGAAAAUGUCCUACUUUAUAUCGUUUCUUGUUUGUUAGUGCUCCAAUCAAAUUUUUUGAUUUGCAUGCAAUAUAUUGGAUUUUUAUAUAUGUAAACCAAAUAAUGGUGCCUUUUUUCCAACUUUGGAAUACUUUUUUGAGUGCUUACUGAAGUAAAUUUGCUAUUCCAUGAAAAUAAACCCCACUUCGGUCAAAGUUGCAGUGCAUUUAUAUUUUUCCUUGAAUGAAUUGUUCAACUUUAAUCUGAAUUCUGCAACUCAAUUUGAGCAACUUUUUGACACUUUUUUGUACUAAUUUAACAUGUAUAGAAUGAAAUUAAAGACUCAUAUAUACUAUGUAGUGAGUAUUUUGCAUGGGGUAAUAUUUUUGGCUUAAUUUAGUAGUUUGAUGUUGUGCAGCAAAAUUUUUAAUAGCUAAAUAUAUGUCAAAAAUACAUAUAACAGUCAAGGGGGGGGGGGGGUAAGUAAACUACUGGGGUUUUUUUUUGGUGGGAGGGGGGUUAUAUCGUUUGUUUCUGACAACAGAAAAAUGGUUUACAGAUAUGGAAUUAAAAAGACACUGUUUAGCAAUUUUCAUGUUUUGGAACUCGGUGUCUGCCAAAAUAUAUUCCACCAAAAUCAUUUUUAUACCCAUGAAUCACCAAAGUUUACACCCGCAGAAAAAAAGCUAUGUGGUAAAUACAUGUACAUGUAGUGAACACAGAUAAGUGUAGUAUUGUAUUUAUAUUAUAUUUAUUUAUUGUUGUGUCAAUUGCUUUUUAAAAAUUGCUUAGGGAACAAACUGGAGAGUUUGCAGAAUGUGCAAAAUAUAACAAUAUUAUCAACUUCAUUACUAUUGAAAUCUAGCAAAUCAAGUUUGGUUAAAUUAUCUUUAUUUUGUUUUUGAAACAAAAAUAUAAUUAAUGAUUUUUAUAGAUAAUGAUAAUUUAAAUUUUGAAAAUGGAGAAACUGAUAGAAUUCAAAUGUAAAACUCUUGACCCUGUUAGUGUUUUUCUCCCUCAACGGGUAUGCCUAAUAUCAAAUUUAAUGCUUUCAAUAGGGAGAGAUAUGAAAGAAUAUAAAGUAUUUUCAUUAACAACUGUUGAAUAAUAGAGUACAUUUUUUAUUAUUAAGAAAUGAUCACCUCGUCCAUAUUAAUUACGUCUUUCGUAAGUACACAUUAGUUUGGGGUUUGUUCUAUUCAUCAAGACAGUGAUUGGAGCAUUGAUGGAAUGAAGAUGGGAAUAUGAAAUUGGUAAUUUCUAAUUGCCCAAUAUAAACUUAUUUUUUGGCAAUAGUUAAAUACUUUAUGGGAGAAAUGGGAAUGUGCCUUCAAGUUUUUUAAUCUUCUCAAUUAAGGCUGAUUUAUACAUGUAAUCCGUCAAUAACUCUUCAGUUAAGGACUUGAAGUUCAUUGUACUAUCCAAAAUAGCUGGGUUCAAGUGUGAUUUUAAAUGAAUAACAUAGUAUUGAACUUUUUUGAUUACUUGUUUCCUAUAUAGAAGUAUCAAGUAUUAUUUAAGAUGAUAUACUGAAAUAUCAACACCCAAAGUAUGUUUCAUUGUGGGAACUUUAAUAGAAGAUCUAAAUAGGUAGAAAGCCAUUUCUGAUUUCUUUUUAAAAUGUUGAAAAAAUGACAAAAGUUUUCACUAGAAUUACCAGGAAAACAUGGAUUGAAAAUAAAAUCCUUCAUAUUCAACAUGGAUUGUGGAAUGGUUAAUGAUAUUAGACCACAGAAGCCACACAAUCACAAGGCUGAAUUGAAAUGACAAUAGCACAUAACUAUCAUUGGUUUUAUUUAUGGACUAUAGUCAGAAAUGUUUGCUGAACGCUUUGUGAAUGAACUUUUUAAAACGAAAUGGUGUUAAUAUAUGUAAAUUUAUUUAUAAAUAGAGAGGGCGAUUUGAUUAGUGAUAUGAUUUAUUUGACUGAGUGAUGUAAAAUUAGUUAUUCUGAUAUUUUCAUUAUAUAAUAGUUUAAUUAAAUUCUGUAAAUAUUUUUCUUAUCACUUCUUUGUGUAUAAUCAUUACAUCAUAUCACAUUUUAAUGGGUGGUUUCCUGUAAUAAGUUUUUGCUACAAUUAUAUAGAGGUUUGUAUAUUUACAACAAUAGUUGCAUUUUCAUAUUUCAAUGUCUUGAAAUAUCAUUUGUGAUUGAUCAUGUGCAAUACUUAUUUCAUGCUGUCAUUUUGUUGUCAUCAAAUAAAUGUUUGCCACUUAAA